GGCAAUCAAGAUGAAAGAAAGAUAUAUGAGAAACGCCAUGACACAGUCGUCUUCCGUUGCUUGGUUCUUUUCUGCGUCACUUCUUCAAUUCCUCUGUCUCCCUUGGAUUCUAAUUUAAUUUUGCUUUCUUUCUUUCUUUCUUUUUCAACAACAAAAAAGAAACUGAGAUCCAACAAUGGGAAACUUGAUUAUGGAUAAUCAUACCACUUUUUACAACCAUUCUUCCGUCAAUUCACCUUUUGGAUGCUCCAAACUUCGGUGUUUUCUUUACCUCUUUCGUCUUUUAGUUGUAUGCCUUAUAUUUUUGUCAGAAUUAGUAUAUAACAUGUCAAUUUACAAAAGCAUCAUUGACCUCUUUUUUGCCAAUUUUUUUUACCUUUAUUAUUUUAAACAAAGUAUUUAUAAUAUUAUUGACAUGUGAGAAACAUUUAUAGGUCUGGAGAUUGUAGGAAGGUGAGGUGAGAAGAGAAUAAGAUUAAUAUCAACUUGGGAUUGACCAUGUUAUCUGUGUGUAUCAACUUGCUGAAGUCGGGAAUUCAGUUUUUGUGGGCUUUAUGUAUAAGCAAACUUGAAUUGAGGCUUGCUUAUGCGCCCAUUAACACAAAACCCAACGCUAUUUGAUGCCAAAUUACAGAUAUAGAUAACAAAAGGUUGGUCAGCUUGUGCGGUGUUCUGUGUUUGUUCGUUGGGUAAAAUGGUGGGAAGCUUUAGCGUUGUGAAGAAGAGCAACAACUUCCUCAGAAAACACAGGAAGUGGCCACUUUCAUCUCACAAAACCAAAUGGCAUCAAACCUUCGAUCAGGACGAAGCUUUGCGAAUCCUAAAACAAGCUGCGAAUCCCGACCAACCCCACCUUCUUCUUUCCGCUCUUGUUACCUCCUUCACAGCCUACUCCUGCCACCCAACCCCCAACGCCUACUACUUCGUUCUCAAAACCCUAGCUCGAACCUCCCAAUUCCACCACAUUCCCCCUGUCCUUCAUCGCCUCCAAUUCCUCGAGAAUUUCCAAACCCCAGAGUACAUAUUUGUCGACCUCAUCAAACUUUACGGACGAAUGAACAGAAUUCAAGACGCCGUCACCCUUUUUCGUCGGAUUCCCAUGUUUAGGUGCGUUCCUUCUACGCUUUCACUCAAUUCUUUACUUUCCCAGCUCUCUCGGAAUGCCCAAGGCCUUCCAAUAAUUCCUGACAUCAUUUUGAAUAGCCACUCUAUGGGUAUUAGACUGGAACACUCCACUUUUCAGAUACUAAUUACUGCCUUAUGUAAAGUUAAUAAAGUUGGGCACGCAAUGGAGCUUUUCAAUUAUAUGAUAACAGAGGGCUAUGGUCUCAAUCCACAAAUCUGCUCUUUGAUAUUGGCAUCGCUGUGCCAGCAAAAGAAAUCCUCUGGUGAUGUGGUUCUUGGCUUUCUGGAAGAAAUGAGGCAAAAAGGAUUCUGUCCCGCUGUUGUGGAUUAUUCUAAUGUAAUUAAGUUUUUCGUUACGAGAGGGAUGGGUUCAGAUGCUGUUGACCUAUUGAAUAAAAUGAAGGCCGAUGGUUUCAAGCCUGACAUUGUUUGUUAUACUAUGGUCUUGAAUGGGGUGAUUGCGGAUGGGGAUUAUAAAAUGGCAGAUGAACUGUUUGAUGAACUGCUUCUCUUUGGUUUAGUUCCUGAUAUUUAUACAUACAACGUGUACAUACAUGGGUUAUGCAAACAAGGUGAUUCGGUAGCGGGGCUUCAAAUGAUUCCGCAUAUGGAGGCAUUGGGGUGCCAACCCAAUGUGAUUACUUACAAUGUUAUAUUGAAAAGUUUGUGUAAAACCGGUGAACUUGAUGAGGCAAGGAAGCUUCGAAGUAAGAUGCAACUAAAGGGUCUGGCAGAAAACUUGCGGACUUUUAGGAUUAUGAUCGAUGGUUUAUUUCAUAACGGUGAGGUAAUUGAAGCCUGUGUCCUAUUGGAGGAAAUGCUAGGAAGUCGUUUCCCUCCUCAGAUUUCAACUUUUAGUGAGAUACUUUCUUGGUUGUGCAAAAGACACAUGGUAGGCAAAGCAGUUGAGUUGCUCGCGUUAAUGGUAGGAAAGAACUUUUCCCCAGGUCCUAAGGCUUGGGAAAUCCUGCUCCUGAGUUCUGAAAGUGAACUAACUUCUGUUAAGAGCCUUGAAACUACUUUAAAAGAUUUAGUAGGCAUUUGAAGACACUCAACCUCCACGGAUUUUGAAAUUGUUAACUAUAGAAGUCCUCUCGACCAUGCUCAAACUGGUCUCUAUUUUAUUCUGUAAUGGACCAGCCUUCGUUUUACCCUACUCUCAAUAAGGUAUUGCAAUGACGACCUUGUGUGAGCUAUAUGUAUGCUGGUGUUUCGGUAAAAGGAGAGAACCCACCCUUCUACUUCAUGAGCUGGGCAGAGUUUUCUGCAAAUCAACGUCUAAUAGUGUAACUAAAUGGCGAGAGACAAAUCAUGGACAGCAAGAGUAGUUGUAUAGUAACUUUUGAACAAUACAGAAUCCUUUUUUUAAACACAACUGUAUCAAAAAAACUUACAAAAAAUUGUUCCACAUGUAAAGCACUGAAACCGUAUCUUAUGCCGAUUCAACUUAGCUUUUAGUUGUUUGGUGAGAAAAGAAAAAAGAACUGAAAAAUCUUUUUAGUUGACACCAAUAUGAUGAGAAGAAGCUUUUCUCUUUCUAUCUCUCUUGAAGGCAGCUCCAAGUUGAAUCUCACUCACCAUCAAUUUUUUAGGAUCUUCCCAGUCCCACUAGUGGAAGUUGGAACCUGUUGUGAAAUUAAAAAAUGUAUUUGAACGAACUUUGCAUAAACAUAAGGUAUUGAUGAUUUCUCUAUUUAAUAUUCCAAGGCCCUACACAGUUGGCUACACAAGGAUGGUGGGACGUCUUUAUUUCUAGUGGCUGAAUACAAGUCAUUACAUGAAAAAAUAACUUCAGCAAAAGAGAACUAAAACGCUAUCAAAACUACAUUAUCUUCGAAGAGAGAGAUCUUCAGAAGGAUUUGUUUCUUCCUGGAAGGAGUCAACUGUGAGACAAGCUAAGGUACAGUGAAAGGAGGUCACAUGUUAACACGAGUGGCACCCCAUGUGGAAUAAGUUCAAAGAAGAGAUGCUGAAAGUAAUUGAAGCUUUCCUCUAUUUCUUUGAAGUCAAUUGGAAUUAAAUUUAUCUUGGUAGGAACAUAGUAUGACGUCAAGAACUUGUACCUUCUCUUUUCUCCCAUGCGUGUUUAUAAUUUUCAACUGUUGCAUCGAAAUUGAAAUUGGAUACAGUUGAUUUUUUGUA